ACUCGUUUUUCUUGUUUCUGCAUAUCUCAAGAAGGUGGGACGUGCUCGUGUAAACAGAUAAGCUCAGUGCUCAUACAACCCAGCACAAGGAUUGGUCUCUGUGCCCUGGAUUUAAACACUGAAAGCAUACUAAAAGAUGUCUGCGUCACCGCCUGCGGUGUCCCCUAGAAAACAUUCAGGUGUCCGGGUCAUGAUACUUAAGGGACAGCAGCUUCCUCCUGGUGGCCUGCCCAUCUACACCGAUCGUGGCAAAGAGAAUGGAGCCAGUGGGGCGUCAAAUCAUACACCUCUAGUGAAUGCAGAGAGAGAAGUGGAGAUGAUGAACCACUGCUUUGACGACGUGGAGCGAUUCAUGAUGCGCUUGCAGCAGACAGCUGAGGCCCAGACUGUCCUCAACCAGAGGAAGAAGAAGGGAAGCAGAAAGAGCAAGAAGAAGGAUCAAGAUGAUCAUUUGCUGACCUUGAAAGCUUGCCCUCCAUCAGAGGACGAGUUUGUGGACAUCUUUCAGAAAAUUAAGUUCUCCUUCGGUCUGCUGGACCGUCUCAAGUCAUCCAUCACACAGCCUGAUGCACCAGAGCUGCUGCAUCCCAUCUUUGUGCCUCUUAGACUGAUGGAGAAAACCACUGGAGGGCCAGCGUUAGGGGCAUCGGUGGUCAGUCCUGCUAUGACCAGUGGUGCAGUUUCACUGCUCCAGGAGCAUCUGACUGAAGAGGAAAAGGAGCUGUGGACUUCAUUAGGGCCCAACUGGAUUUCACCCUGUUCGCACCUGAGUGUGUCUGUUCCUCCAUACACACCUGUCUUCCUGGAUGGGUGGCAGCCUCAGGCCUAUGACUCAACUGGACAACGUUUUGAAGAUCCCAUUGAGUCGCAGCACAAACAAGAUGCUCUCAAGGAAAGUAGGGAGGCGCGAACUCUGCAGGACCAAGCUCGACAGACAGCGGAGGGCCCUGGGGAAGGCACUGAUGAAGUAGACGGAAAUGGGCUCCCACCAGAGGAUGAGAGACAUUACUGCUGCGCUUAUGACUUUGUGGCUAGAAACAGCAGUGAACUCUCUGUGCUACAAGGAGAAAUACUAGAGGUUAUCGAGUCAAAUAAGAGAUGGUGGAAGUGUCGGAAUCGCUUUGAACAGAUAGGAUUUGUCCCCUCUAAUAUCCUGGAGCCUCUGUCUGCUCUGAAUAACACUCAGAUAGACAGCCUAGUGGCACGCAGAGAGUCAAAGAAGAUGCCCCUUUCCCCUCAGUCAAAGUACUUCUCAUAUGCUGCAUCAAGCCCAGUUGGGAGUCCCAUCGCUAUGAGCCCAGUGCGACCACAGAGCAUGGUUUUCCCAUCUACUGCAAUGCAAGGAGAUGACAGUGACCAAGUCCUGAUAGUGAAUGACGAGCUUCUUCAGCGGAUAGCUGGGAAAAGAGAGUCACUCCGUCCGCGGACGAUGCCCCGUGCAGCUGACACUACUCCCCUGAACUACCACUCGCCGUCUACAGAGGUGGCAGCCUGGCUCACCGCCAAGGGCUUCAGUCAGCAGACGGUUCAGAGUCUGGGCAUUUUAAAUGGAGCACAGCUGUUUUCCCUGAAUAAGGAGGAGCUCCGCGAGGUAUCAUCAGAGGAAGGUACAAGAGUCUACAGCCAAAUUAUGGUGCAGAAGGCCCUUCUCGAGGAUGUGCGCAAAUCUACAGAACUAGAGACGGCAAUGAAGAAGCAAAAACUGAAGAUUGACCUGAAAUCUGAGUGAUGUAAUGUGACAGAGCUCUCAAACUUCCACUGAUACAGAUGUGGUAUCAAAGAUCAAUGGAGAUAAAUGUAUAGUACAUAUACAGCUGCAUGCACAGAGUGAUAUUGCAGAUGGAUUUUGAUAUUUAAAUCAUACAUGCUGUUAUAUAUACAUGCUACAGAUUCAUCAACAAAAGCAAAUUGUGUUAAAAGUAAAGCUCACUCACUAAUACUCUGAUUGACAUUGGGACUAUUUGGGAUUUUUACAUGUUUUUUAAGACAAAGGGGCUUUAAACUUCGAAUUCUCGAGUUUUACUUAUACUAUUCUUACCAUUUGGUAACAUUAUAUUUUUUUACAAUUUGAAUAUUUCUAGGCCAUAUGCAUAGACUGUUUAUAAGAAGUGGACGUAGUCACCGUGACGUCACCCAUUGGUUUGUGAACUGUUGUUUUGAAGCCUUGAGUUUU